CAUUAUUCUCCUCCUGCUCCUAUUCAGACGAGGUCCCGUUGGCUCAUUGUUAUUCUGCCCGAGUGACAGAGAGGGACAGAGAGGGACAGAGAGGGAGGCUGACUGUGGUUUCCAACGGCAGGGAGCGGGUUGUACUGGGCGGGGGGUUUUGUCGGUGCUUUUUUCGGCCGGUUUUUGAGGGCGUGAAGGCAUGUUGAUAAUCGGCUCAGUAAUGAGGAGAGGUACUGAACGGCACCAAAUAUCUGACCCCGAUUCCUGAGAGUAGAGAGAGGUAGACAGUGUGUGAGAGAGAGGAGGAAAAAGGGGAGAGGGCCAUGUGAAAAAGGGGUGGAGGGGAGUUGAGAUUUAGUGCUCUGCUGGAUGAAACAACCCCCCACUAACUUACCGAGAGGGAAAGUAGCCUAAUAGGAAGAAAGGAGGGGGUGUUGUAGGCCACUGAUCAUUUAACACUCAAAGACACGCAGGAAGCCAUGAUCGUUUCCCACAAUGAGAUCAGAAAAGGGGGUUGCUGUCUACUGUAAUGCUUAGGGCCCUAAACAACAGAACUUAGCAACACUAAACGUACAUGGUGGCAGCCCGUAACCGAGAGAAGAAAAAUGUCUCGAACAGAAGAGGUUAACAAGAUGACAGAAAAUGUCUAUAAGGGGAUUCUGGACCAGUUCAACCCCAGUCUGAAGAACUUUGUGACCAUGGGGAAACACUAUGAGAAAGCCCUGACAGGAGUAACUGUGGCUGCCAAAGGGUACUUUGAUGCUCUGGUGAAACUUGGAGAGCUGGCGAGUGACAGCCAAGGCUCUAAAGAGCUGGGAGACACACUGUUUCAGAUGGCCGAGGUCCACAGACAGAUUCAGGUGCAGCUGGAAGACGUGUUAAAGCUGUUUCACUCUGAGCUGCUCGCCCAGUUGGAGCAGAAGCUGGAACUGGAUAUUAAAUAUCUCACAGCCACCCUGAAGAAGUAUCAGAGUGAGCGGAGGUCUAAAUCUGAGUCGAUCGAGCGCUGCCAGUCCCAGCUGAAGAAACUCCGCAGGAAGAGCCAAGGCAGUCGUCACCCGAACAAAUAUGGAGACAGAGAGAUGCAGUUUGUGGAGUUGAUGAGUCGUCGGCAGGGCGAGCUGGACACGCUGGUUGCCUCGGGUUACAAGUCUGCGCUCACCGAGGAAAGGAGACGAUAUUGCUUCCUGGUGGACAGACAGUGUUGUGUCACCAAACUGCUCAUUAACUACCACUCCAAGGUAAGAGAGCUUCUGUCACAGAAACUUUCAUCUUGGCAGCAGUCAUGUUCUCAGCCCACAAAACUCCCGGAGCGUGCUUUGAAUCUGCUGCGUCACACUGCACCUCAAGGCUCAGGCGCUGCUGGGAUAGCUGAGGUCUUCCGCCACGCCAAGAUUGACUCUGCUCAGCCAGAACAGAGGCUGUCUGUUCAAGAAGUCCCACCCCUGUUGAAUGGAGACUCCAGUCGCUCCCAGCUGCAGCGCUCGCUCCCCUCCUCCUCCCAGAGUGAAGCCUGUCCUCCUCAGGCCUCCCCCCAGACCUUCCGCUCUCUCCCCAGUGGAGGACCUGCUGGAGCCUCAUCACGAGGAGCGUCUCCUCAGCACACCAGUACCCCCCUCAGUGCAUCAGCCAGCCCCCUCCCCGACAGCAGUGCCAGCAGCAGUGCUAGCCCUGCUCUAUCCACUCCCACCACGCCCGGUAGCUUUGCCCAACAAAGCUCUCUCCUCCUGGCUGCAAACACAUCCAACCUCUCCCCGAGCCUCAUCCCCUCAACAGUGAUGUCACUCAGCCAGAGCUCCACGGCCGGCGGAUCCUUGCAUGGCAUGACCCUCCCCAUCACCCACAGUGCUCCUCACAGUCCGCCACUGCCCCACAGUGCUCCUCUUUCCAGGGCCAUGACUCCCGUGCAGUUACUGCACCAACAGGUGGGACCAGGAGGAAGCAACACCUCAUCACCGUCACAUAAUCCCUGGCUGCUGAAGACCACUGACAUGUGUGCAACAGCAACACUCCCACUGCCGAGGAGACCUGUCAGUGAAAUGAAGCUGGGUGGCUUUCAGGGCUCCACUCUCCCCAGGAUGCUGCCCUUAUCUGGACCUACCCGUGUGGAAGCCAUGUUUGCUCACACUCCUGGAACACCGGAGGGUGGUGGCAUAGGGGGCGGGGCUUGCUUACUGCACUUCCUGCCUGGUGACAACAUCACCCUGCUCAUCUCUGAGCCUAGAGACGGGUGGCACUACGGUCAAAAUGAACGAACUGGACGGAAAGGCUGGUUCCCUUUCUCCUACACUCAGUCUUACCCCAGCAAGACGGAUCACCUCGAGAGCUCUCUCUUCUUAUCCAAGGCUAACAGCACCAGUACAGGCCAGCUCGACAAGCUGGUGUCUCCAGGUCUCCCGGCUCUAACCCCUGAAUCAGAGGAGGAGCGCUCCCUUCCUCCCCAGAGGGUCAGCACCUUCCGUCCGCGCCCAUACAGCAUGGCCGACAGCAACAAGGUCAGAAACAUGAAACCUUUGGGAGAAAGUCAAAGGUCACGGUCUUUGCCCAACUGAGUCUCAAUAUCACCGCAGAAUUGGUCUGUCCACCACCCUCCCCAACCAGGGCCAAUCCAUUUGCCCAUGUCCGACUUAGAAGAACUGUCACCAACGAUCGCUCUGCUCCCAUCAUUGAGUAAGAGUUUUAUUCCUACAGAAGAAGCCAUUCUGUUCUCUGUGGUUUGACAAAAAACAGUUCUUUGGUUCAUUUGGAUUAUUUACUUUGGAUGUUCAUUUUUGCAAAUUAAUUAAAUACAGAUUGUUUUAUUUUGUAUGCAGGAAUAUAAUUGUUUUAAAUCAAAGUAUAUAAGGUUGAUAUCAGUGGUGUAGUCUACGUGAUAUGCAGGUACACGCAGCGUACUGACUAAGAAAGCUUCAGGAUUUUCAUAUACUCACUUAAAAAUGCGCAAUGACAUACUUUUCAUUAUAUUUGUGACAUAUUUUGAAUGUUGUGUUUUAUUUUCUUUGCAUAGACUUAGCCUUUAACAAAAAAUAAA